AUGGACAAGGCAGCUUUACUAUCCCCGCCGGAGACUGGUGAUGAGGCUACACCACAGACUAGGGAGUUUAGUGAAACUACUUCAUCACACAUAUCUCCAUCCUCUCAACUGAUCAAUUCGGAUGAAGAAGUUGGCAAACCUGCCGAGGAUAUGGUUACUCCCUGCUUUGCUCCGACAGGGCAGGAGCUUUUAGAAGAACAAAUGGCCGGCUUGAUCGACUACAGCGCUGCAGCUUCCGUGGCAGAUCUGAUUUCACGAUGGCCCCAGGCACGUAUGGUAACUCUGUAUAGAAACUUUAGGCCGGCUUCUUUCAGCCAAUCACAGGGAGGAGCCCACGUACCCACACCAGCCCGCCGUUCUAUCGGUGGAAGUUUGGGGCUGAAUAUCGUCGGUGGCGACGGAUCGGAUGCAACUUUUGUCUCUCAGGUGCAACCUGACAAGCCAGCCGGACUUUCAAAACGCGUUUUUGUAGGAGAUAGAGUUUUAG